GUCUGCUCCUUGCUCCUGCUGUGCUGACUGCUGAUGUUUUUUCUGUAAUCUGUUUGGUCGGCUGCUGGGCUGAAUGUCAUGUUGAUGUUGUAUUUAUAAGGAAUGACUUAAAGUUGGUGAUUUAAAUAGUCUUUAUUUGAACAUUUAACUGUAAUAAUUAAGUGUUUGUGGUGGUUUCAUUUGCUUGUAAUUUUUAGUUACAUGUGACCUUCGUUGCUUUGUUAUUACUCACCAUUUCCUAUUUUUACCAGGCGGGUAUCUAGGCCUAGCCUAUAUUAUAUUACACUCUAUUUUGCUAACAUGAAUCCCUCAACUUUACUCAUAUACAGCAUGGGAUAAAUACAGAACCAGUGAAUGAACAAUGUUUUACAUUGUAAAGUCAUGGCAGAGACUCAAUAAUUGCAGUCAUUCCCCCCUACAUAAUAUCAAAUUGUUUAUUCAUCCCAUUAUACGACAGUCUACAAAGACAGCCACUGUUCCAAAGCUGUCCCAUGACAAGACGACAGUGGUACAUGUGGCAGCAGUGGUUCCUCAGCAGACGACACAACCUCCACGUGCAGUUCCCAACACCACCACCACUACAACAUCGCCAGAGCCAGAUACAUGUGACAAGUGGAUACCAGUCGUCCUUGAUUGGCAAAGUCUACCCAAACAUUACUUGAAGCUUUCCAAGUCUCGGCUUACUUCACUAGUUGUACUAACAUCAAUGGCGGGCUAUGCUAUGGCUCCAGCACCCUUCGACCCUAGCACAUUUGCUCUCUGUUCCGUCGGCACUGGACUGCUCUCUUGUGCUGCUAAUUCCAUCAAUCAAUACCACGAGGUGCCGUUUGACGCCCAGAUGGCACGCACAAGAAACAGAAUACUAGUCAGGGGUCAUCUGACCCCAAUCCAUGCGUUGGGGUUUGCAUCAGUGUGUGCUACUACAGGAGUAGCUUUGCUCUAUGUUGGCGUCAACCCAUUGACCACUAUGCUUGGGAUUACAAACCUCGUACUUUACACAUCAGUCUACACACCACUCAAGAGGAUAAGUAUCCUCAACACAUGGGUCGGAUCUGUCGUUGGAGCGCUGCCCCCACUGAUGGGAUGGGCCGCAUGUUCUGGAGCCCUGGAGCCAGGAGCUUGGGUCCUAGCGGGGUUGCUGUAUGCUUGGCAGUUCCCACACUUCAACGCUCUCUCCUGGAACCUGAGACCUGACUACUCCAGAGCUGGCUACAGGAUGAUGUCUGUCACAAAUCCAGGCUUGUGUCGCAGAACUGCUCUCCGGUACACAGCUCUCUUAGUGCCAUUGUCUGUGUCAGCGUCACUACUGGAUAUGACUAACCAAUGGUUUGCCUAUGCUUCUUUACCUCUCAACUUGUAUUUCCUGCUGCUUGCUUGGAGGUUCCAUCGCAAGUCAGACAGUUCUAGUUCUCGCAAGCUUUUCCACUUUUCACUGAUACAACUGCCAGUUUUGAUGCUGCUUUUGCUGUUUACCAAGAAACACUGGUACACAAAGAAAGAGGAAGAGACCAAAGUGCAAGCAGCUGUUGUAUCAGAGUCCCUUCCCCUCACUCUACCUUUUGUUGUCAAACCUACGUUAUGACAAGUUCACUCUUAGACAUCGAUACUUGUACAUUGUGUUGUAGCAAUAUGCAACAUGUUGAAAUUUUACUUAGAACUAUGUGUGAUAUUUAGGAAUUAUAAGAUGUUAUUUAUUUGUAAAUAACAACUAGUAAAUAAAUGUUAGAAUUAGUUAUUUUCUU